GCGCCGGCGGCGCUGGUGGCGUGGUUCCCGCAGCUGGGCUUGCGGGGGGCGUGGGCGCACUGGUCGCCGCCCUUGGAGGCCCGCCUGGGGCGGGGGCGGCGCCCGCGGCGGCUGGGGGAGCUGCAGCCGCUGGAGCUGGUCCUGCAGUGGCACCUCCCGUUCCAGGAGCGCUCGCAGUUCCACUGCCGGCGGCCCCUGCGCCACCCGUCGCUCCUGGAGAUGGAAUGGCUGCUGCGGGGGCUGCCGCGGCUGUGGCCGCGCCGGCGGCUGUCCCUGGAGCGGGUGCUGGCCGUCACCUACGACAUGCUGGGCCAGCGCCACAUCGAUUUCAGAGAGGGG